UUAUCGUACUCAGAGCCUCGUAUUGAGAGGUUUCUGAGCCAUAUAUAUUACCAAAAAACACCAAUAAUUAACCAUUUUAACGAUAAUUAUAUAUGAAUGCAGUUGAGGGGGUCGAGGAGGCAGAUUUGGGGUGGGAAAUCGGCAAACAUAAGAGGCUGAGAACGACAAUCUGGCAACGUUGGAUCAUUGGACUGGUUGGACUGAACGGGAAAAAAGAAGAUUCCCUGUUGAGUGUUGAGCCUCGCCACAGCCAUGAAGAAGGGGCCCAACAUCCUCAUCACGGGAACGCCCGGGGUUGGCAAAUCCACGCUAGCGCAGCAGCUUGGCGAGCGUACCGGCCUGGAGUGGAUCAGCGUGGGAGACCUGGCCAAGGACAACAACUUCUUUGACGGUUACGAUGACGAGAGAGACUGUCCCAUCCUGGACGAAGACAAGGUUUUAGAUGAGCUGGAGGACAUGAUCGAGGAGGGCGGGAAGAUCCUUGACUACCACGGCAGCGACUUCUUCCCCGAGCGGUUCUUCGACAUUGUGUUUGUGCUGCGAACAGACAACACCAUCCUCUACGACAGACUUGCCGCCAGAGGCUACACGGGGAAGAAGCUGGAGGACAACGUGGAGUGUGAGAUCAUGGCAGUGCUGCGGGACGAGGCAAAGGAGAGCUACAAGGAGGAGAUCGUCCAUGAACUACCCUCGAACACAGUGGACGACAUGGAGAACAACCUUGAACGGAUGAUAGUGUGGCUGGAGGCGUGGAAGAGGGAUAACGGAACUUGAGUGAGGGUUAAUAUAUGGUAAUUUAAGUAA